UGAUGAUAAACCAAUCAAAAAUGAAGAUUAGACGUUUGUAAAGACUUUAAAGACUAUAAUAAACAAAAACUAAAUGUAGACGGAUGGAGAAUGAAGGGGUUGGCUGAAAACAGCCGGAAGGAGGGUGAAGGGAGGGGGUAUCAGGUGAAGUCCAGGUGUUUCAGUGACGAACAACAGGUUGCUCUUUUGAUGCUUCCUGGUUAUUCGGGCCAUUUUGUGACGCCGUUUGUCUCCCAGACCAAAGCUCAUCCAACGUGCGGCGCGCGGACGGAUUUCUCCGCGUCAGGCGCGCGCAGAAAAAAAAAAAAAAAAAUCAAAGCAGCGCCCAUUAGAAGCCCGUCCAUUCAGCCUGGGGAGGGAUUUCUCAAAGAAGGGGUGGGGGGGAAGCAAGUCGUUGCUAAGUGGAACUGGUCGUUGCUUUUUUCCAGAAUUCUAAAGGAAUUAUUGUUAUUUUUGGACAUGGGAUCUACCUUCAGGGUCCACACCUGCUGGGCACCGUAACGGUGCUCCCCUCCCCAGCUGAGCCCCUCGCUGCCCUCUGACGGAGCAGGAUGACAAGAUGGCACAGCUGCUUGUACCGCCCGGACCUGACAGCUUCCGUCCCUUCGUCCCCGAGUCGCUGGCCGCCAUCGAGAGGCGCAUCGCCGAGGAGAAGGCCAAGAGACCACGGACGGAGCGCGACAGCGACGAUGAAAACGGGCCCAGGCCCAACAGCGACCUGGAGGCGGGGAAAUCCCUGCCCUUCAUCUACGGGGACAUCCCUCCGCACAUGGUGUCAACCCCGCUGGAGGACAUUGACCCCUUUUACAGCAAUCAGAAGACCUUCAUAGUGUUGAAUCGUGGGAAGGCGAUCUUCCGUUUCAAUGCCACUUCUGCCUUGUACAUCCUAACUCCCUUCAACCCUCUGCGAAGGAUAGCUAUUAGAGUUUUGGUGCACUCGAUGUUCAGCAUAUUGAUCAUGUUCACCAUCUUGACCAACUGUGCUUUUAUGACGCUAAGUUCUCCCCCGGACUGGGCCAAGAAUGUAGAGUACACAUUCACAGGGAUUUACACCUUCGAGUCCCUUAUAAAGAUCCUUGCCAGGGGCUUUUGUCUGGGGAAGUUCACGUUCCUGCAGGACCCUUGGAACUGGCUGGAUUUCAGUGUUAUUCUCAUGGCGUAUAUAACAGAGUUUGUAAACCUAGGCAAUGUUUCAGCUCUGCGCACAUUCAGAGUAUUGCGAGCUUUGAAAACUAUCUCAGUAAUUCCAGGGUUGAAGACCAUCGUUGGAGCUCUGAUCCAGUCUGUGAAGAAGCUGUCAGACGUGAUGAUUCUCACCGUGUUCUGCCUCAGCGUCUUCGCCCUGAUCGGCCUGCAGCUCUUUAUGGGCAACCUGAGGCAGAAGUGUGUGCGCAGGCCCACUAACGCCACCAACAGCAGCGCCAACUUAAACGACACCAUGUACUACAACGGCAGCUUCAACAUGGAGAACUCCACCUUCAACUGGACGGAGUACAUCAACGAUGAAAGUAAUUACUAUUACCUCCCUGGCCGAAGGGAUGCUUUACUCUGUGGAAAUGGCAGUGGUGCAGGACUUUGUCCAGAAGGCUUUGACUGCAUCAAAGGGGGUCGUAAUCCAGACUAUGGCUACACGAGUUUCGACACCUUCAGCUGGGCUUUUCUCUCCCUUUUCCGGCUAAUGACCCAAGACUUCUGGGAAAACCUCUACCAACAGACUUUACGAGCAGCGGGGAAGCCCUACAUGAUUUUCUUUGUACUGGUGAUAUUCCUGGGCUCUUUCUACCUUGUCAACCUGAUUCUGGCUGUGGUAGCCAUGGCUUACGACGAACAAAACCAGGCGACCAUUGAGGAGGCUCAGCAGAAGGAGGAGGAGUUUCAGGCCAUGCUGGAGCAGCUGAAGAGGCAGCAGGAAGAGGCGCAGGUUGCCGCGGCAGCAGCCACCGAGAGCGGCGAGUACAGCGGUAGAGGGGACCCCACCUCCGAGUCCUCCUCGGGGACGUCAAAGCUGAGCUCCAAGAGUGCCAAGGAGCGCCGCAACAGGCGGAAGAAGAGGAAGCAGAGGGAGGAGGAGGAGGAGAGGGAGGGCCGCGACAAGUUCCACAAGUCAAAGUCUGAGGACAGCAUCAAGAGGUCCACCUUCCGCUUCUCCAUUGAUGCCAACAGGCUGUCUUAUGAGAAAAGAUGCUCAUCCCCAAACCAGUCACUACUAAGUGUCCGUGGCUCCAUCUUCUCACCUCGGAGGAACAGUCGGGCCAGCCUCUUCAGCUUCCGUGGAAGAGCGCGGGAUAUGGGCUCAGAGAACGACUUCGCAGACGACGAGCACAGCACGUUCGAGGAAGGCGACAGUCGUCGGGGCUCCUUGUUCUUGCCACGCCGCACCGAACGCCGUUGCAGUGUUGUCAGCCAGACCAGCCUCGGGGCACCGCGGAUCAUGUUACCUGCCAACGGCAAGAUGCACUGCACCGUAGACUGCAACGGGGUGGUGUCACUGGUCGGCGGAACGUCUGUCACAACUUCUCCUGUAGGUCUUCUGCAACCUGAGGGGACAACAACAGAUACAGAAUUGAAAAAGCGAAGAUCAGGUUUUCAUCAGCCGUCUAUGGACUAUUUAAACGAACCUGGAGCCCGACAGAGAGCCUUGAGCGUGGCUAGCAUCCUUACUAACACCAUGGAAGAGCUGGAGGAGUCGAGACAGAAAUGCCCACCUUGCUGGUAUAGAUUUGCAAACAAGUGUCUGAUCUGGGAUUGCUGUCCUGCAUGGUUAAAGAUCAAGGAGGUGGUCAGCACGGUGGUCAUGGACCCAUUUGUGGAUCUGACCAUCACAAUUUGCAUUGUCCUCAACACCCUGUUCAUGGCGAUGGAGCAUUACCCCAUGACCAAUGAGUUUGACAAUGUGCUGUCAGUCGGAAACCUGGUGUUCACUGGCAUCUUCACAGCAGAGAUGUGCCUCAAAAUUAUUGCUCUGGAUCCUUACUACUACUUCCAGCAGGGCUGGAACAUCUUCGAUGGCAUUAUUGUCAGCCUCAGUCUUAUGGAAUUGGGCUUGGCAAAUGUAGAAGGCCUGUCAGUGCUCAGGUCCUUUCGAUUGCUAAGGGUUUUCAAGCUGGCCAAGUCAUGGCCCACUCUGAACAUGCUCAUCAAGAUCAUCGGAAACUCUGUUGGCGCUCUGGGCAACCUGACUCUCGUCUUGGCUAUAAUUGUGUUCAUCUUUGCUGUGGUGGGCAUGCAACUGUUUGGCAAGAGCUACAAAGAGUUCAAAUGCAAAAUAUCCCAAGACUGCGAGCUUCCGCGCUGGCACAUGCACGACUUCUUCCACUCCUUUCUCAUUGUGUUCCGGGUGCUGUGUGGAGAGUGGAUAGAGACAAUGUGGGACUGCAUGGAGGUGGCUGGACAGACGAUGUGUCUGAUCGUCUUCAUGAUGGUCAUGGUCAUUGGAAACCUUGUGGUUCUGAACCUGUUCUUGGCUCUCCUCCUGAGCUCAUUCAGUGCUGAUAACCUGGCUGCAACAGACGAGGACAGUGAGAUGAACAACCUGCAGAUCGCUGUAGGCCGCAUUCAGAGGGGAAUUGCGUUUGUCAAAAAAAAGGUGCGGCAGUUGCUGCGGAGCCUGUGUUUUUGUGGCGGUGGUAAAGGCUCGGGCUUGGUGGAGGAGAGCAAACCUCUGGAUGAGCUGCACAGCAACGGCAAAGGCAACUGCAUUUCUAACCACACCUCACUAGAGAUCACCAAAGACGGGACUGGAGUGUACAUGAUGGAAGGGAAUGGGAGGCCAGGAGGAGGCCUGGUGGUUAGUGUUGGUGGGGACACUCCUGGGAAGUACCCAGUGGAGGAAUGUGACUACAUGUCCUUCAUUCACAACCCAAGCCUCACGGUCACUGUGCCGAUCGCAGUGGGCGAGUCAGACUUUGAGAACUUAAAUACAGAGGAUUUCAGCAGCGACUCAUCUGAUGUGGAGGGCAGCAAAGAGAAGCUUGAUGUGGAACCCCAGCCUCUGAGUUCUUCAGAGGGGAGCACAGUUGAUAUCAGACCCCCAGGAGAUGGGGUUGAUUCAGUGGAGUUGGAGCCAGAGGAGUCGUUGGACCCAGAGGCCUGCUUUACAGAAGGCUGUGUAAGCCGAUUUCAGUGCUGCCAGAUCGAUGAGGAAGCAAACAAUUUUAAGAGCUGGUGGACACUCAGGAAAACCUGCUUCAUCAUAGUGGAGCACAACUGGUUCGAAUCUUUCAUUAUCUUCAUGAUUCUGCUUAGUAGUGGAGCUCUGGCAUUUGAGGAUGUCUAUAUUGAGCAAAGACGAACCAUAAAAACAGUGCUGGAGUAUGCAGACAAAGUCUUCACAUAUGUCUUCAUAUUGGAAAUGCUGUUGAAGUGGGUGGCGUAUGGAUUUGUUAAGUACUUUACCAAUGCUUGGUGUUGGCUGGACUUCCUCAUUGUAGAUGUGUCCUUGGUCAGCCUUGUGGCAAAUGCCCUGGGUUACUCUGAGCUCAGCGCCAUCAAAUCUCUGCGGACACUACGAGCUCUCCGGCCCCUCAGGGCCCUGUCUCGGUUUGAGGGCAUGAGGGUGGUGGUGAAUGCCCUACUGGGAGCCAUCCCCUCCAUCAUGAACGUGCUCCUGGUCUGCCUCAUUUUCUGGCUCAUCUUCAGCAUCAUGGGUGUAAAUUUGUUUGCCGGAAAAUACUACCACUGUAUCAACACCACUACAGAGGAAAUGUUCCCCAUCGACAUCGUCAACAACAAGUCACAGUGCCUGCUGCUGGUCAACGAUAGUGCUCGCUGGAAAAAUGUUAAAAUCAACUUUGACAAUGUGGGAGCCGGUUAUCUCGCUUUGUUGCAAGUGGCAACAUUUAAGGGAUGGAUGGACAUCAUGUAUGCAGCUGUUGACUCUAGAGAUUUGGAGGAUCAGCCUCAGUAUGAAGUGAACCUGUACAUGUACCUCUACUUCGUCAUUUUCAUCAUCUUUGGCUCCUUCUUUACCCUCAACCUCUUCAUUGGUGUCAUCAUCGACAACUUUAACCAGCAAAAGAAGAAGUUGGGAGGUCAGGACAUCUUUAUGACAGAAGAACAGAAGAAAUAUUACAACGCUAUGAAGAAGCUGGGUUCCAAGAAACCACAAAAACCUAUUCCUCGUCCAGCAAACGCAUUCCAAGGCUGUGUGUUUGACUGCAUCACAAAACAGGCCUUUGACAUUGUGAUUAUGAUACUUAUUUGCCUUAAUAUGGUGACUAUGAUGGUUGAGACAGAUGACCAGACGAAGGAGAUGGACAAGAUCCUCUACUGGAUCAACCUGGUUUUCAUUGUGCUCUUUACUGGGGAAUGUGUUCUCAAAAUAAUCUCUCUGCGGCACUAUUACUUUACCAUUGGCUGGAACAUCUUUGAUUUUGUGGUGGUGAUUCUUUCGAUUGUAGGUAUGUUUUUAUCCGAAGUCAUCGAGAAGUACUUUGUGUCCCCAACCCUGUUUCGAGUGAUCCGACUAGCACGGAUUGGUCGGAUCCUCCGCUUGAUUAAAGGCGCCAAGGGCAUUCGGACGCUUCUCUUUGCCUUGAUGAUGUCCCUUCCUGCCCUGUUUAACAUAGGCCUUCUUCUUUUCCUGGUCAUGUUCAUCUAUGCCAUCUUUGGGAUGUCCAACUUUGCAUACGUGAAAAAAGAAUCAGGAAUCGACGACAUGUUCAAUUUUGAGACCUUCGGGAACAGUAUGAUCUGCUUGUUUCAGAUCACCACCUCUGCUGGUUGGGAUGGCCUUCUUGCUCCAAUACUGAACAAAAGGGAACCUGACUGUGACAGCCAACUGGAGCACCCAGGCAACAACUACAAAGGCAACUGUGGGAACCCAUCAGUCGGCAUAUUUUUUUUUGUCAGCUACAUCAUCAUUUGCUUUCUCAUAGUGGUCAACAUGUACAUUGCUGUUAUCCUGGAGAACUUCAGUGUGGCCACAGAGGAGAGCGCAGAGCCUCUAAGUGAGGAUGAUUUCGAAAUGUUUUAUGAGGUGUGGGAACGCUUUGAUCCAGACGCCACACAGUUUGUGGAGUACUGUAAGCUCUCUGACUUUGCAGAUGCUCUAGACCCACCACUGCGGAUACCCAAGCCUAACAUGAUUCAGCUGGUUUCAAUGGAUCUGCCAAUGGUAAGUGGUGAACGGAUCCACUGCCUCGACAUCCUUUUUGCUUUCACCAAGAGAGUUUUGGGUGAAGGGGGUGAGAUGGACGUGUUACGAGGGCAGAUGGAAGAUCGCUUCAUGGCUUCCAACCCAUCGAAGGUGUCUUACGAACCCAUCACCACCACGCUGCGUCGCAAGCAAGAGGAAAUGUCGGCCAUAAUCAUCCAGAGAGCCUUCCGCCACUACCUGAUCCGCCAGGCCAUGAAAAAGGCCUCUGCCAUGUACAAGGAGAAGCUGAAGAACAGCAUGCGAGAUCCAGACAAAGACGUGAUGGUCAUAAGCAAGUUUAACGAGACCUCCACAUCUGAUAAAACAGACAUGACGCCUUCUACGGCUUCCCCGCCCUCCUACAACAGCGUGACCAAGUCUGACAAGGACAAAUAUGAAAAAGAAAAUAGAGAAAAAGAAAACAAAGGAAAAGACUUGACAGACAAAAAGUAAUAGACUUCUUAAAAAAAGACAAAGAAAACACAUCCGAGCUAUGAGGGAAAUUUGUUUACAGCUUCUAGAGUGGGUAUAGGAGAAAUGUGCUUGCCUGUUGACUGUUGAGAGAUGAAGAAUGCUCUGCCUGGGAGGCCUGAAACAGGGCUGCCGUUAUGGGGACGUACAAAAACGUGGGAAUCUUCCCAAGGGGAGUAAGGAGGAAAGUUAUCCAGCAGACACUGCCAGAGAACAUGUGGAACAUAGAGCAGCCUCUCUCCAAAACGCUUGUGAUUUUCUUUUUGGUCGUUGUUAACUAUCUGACACACUUGAGUGUACUGUUAAGUUGUUUGUAGCUAGUGCUGCUGCUACUCUAAAUCCAGUGUCUUGAAUUUAACAAUGGCUGUAUCACAAAAAGAAGUUAUCUUUUUAUUUUUCCUUUUUGGGGGCGGGCCUUCUUUUUUAUGAGAAAUAUAAUUUUAUUCUUUAUAAUUUGACGGUUUGUCUACUGCUUUUACUGUUUCACGGUUGUUCAACCAUCAAGGGCAGACAGAAUCGAUGCUGGAAACUGCAAACCACCAGAUGCUUGUACCGUGCCAGGUCGGUGUUAGAACCCCGCUGGUUCUUGCAGUAUCCUGAAACAUUUCCGCAUAAGUGCAUCCGACAGAUAAUCUGCACCCACUGAUAUCUCAUCAGUGCAUUGUGCUUCUAUCUGGACUGCUAUGCGUCUGUUUCAGUAAAACACCUGUCUUAAAAAUAAAGAAAAAGCUGAAUGUAAGCAAGCAAGAGAAAUGAGACCAAUUCAAAUCGUUCUGAAACGACAUCACGGAAAAUGUUUCCUAGAUGCUUUUUGCCAAGAUUUUGAUGACAAGGUUGAAACCACUCUUGUUUCCAUUAGAGUCCAUGCUAACCUAAAGAGCGCUGGUCUGAUAAGAGUGUCUCUUUUAAAGAUAAUGGAAAAACACAAUACUCUCCAGUUUAUAGAAAGUUGACAUUAAAAAUCCAAACAUCAGCAGCCUAUUUUUAGGUAACUAAAAAAUGUAGCUAUGAUGUUUGGACAUAAAUCUGUACAAGCUAACUAGCUCUUUGAUGACUUCUGCAGCUAAUGCUAAUAUUCGCUAAGUAAGUCUGCAAACAUUGACAGCUUCUUAUCACCAAGCACGUCAUGCCACUAUUUAUCUAGUGUAUCCAGUGUUAUCUUGUGUCUUUCAGUGGCAGACUGCUGUUAUUAGAGAUGAAAAUUCAUCUUUUGCAAUCCUUAUGACCUUCAUAAGCUGCUGCACAGUUUACCAGAAAAAAGAAAUUGUCUAGUCCUAAAGGAAAUUAAUUUCAGUAAUGUUUACCAGGGCCAUCUUCAGAGGUCUUGUAAAAAAACCAUUUUCUUUUAUGAAAGCCUGUAGUUCUUGUAGUAGCUGCUAUAGCUUAGAUGUGCUUCGUUGCUGAGAUAUUGCCCCACACAAUUAUUUUUUAGAGUAAUGCAAAGGACAGGCCAGAAAGUGUUUUUGCAACAACAAAACUACAAUAUUAGUGGAAAGGUCCUUGAAUUUUGAAUGUUCAAAUCGACAAAAAAAAAAAUAUUUUUACAAGUCGACCAAUUGCUUUGACUGUUUUUCAUCAGUUUAGAAAAAGGUACAUUGCACUACACAACCUAAUAUUAAAGUAAGUAAAACCCGAAAAAAAAUAAGAAGAAAAAAACUUCAUGAUCCUAUUUGGAUCAUGUACCAAAACGUUUUUUGUGAAGUCUGUAAAUUUAGCAAUAUGAUUUAAGAUAGUUGACCCCAUAUUGGCAUAAGGUUUUGAAUUAUAUUAAAGUAAGAAACCAGACACCUUUUGGUACAGUUUACAUUUGUGUACAACCACUAGAUUAUAUUAUUGUUAAGGAAAAUCUAAUCAUCUCAUUUUUUAAUGUCCAGUUCCAACAGUUUACUUCUAAAAAGGGCAUUUUAUUAUUGCGAAUCUCUACAUCGUCUCACACUUAUGGGUUCUAACACUGCAAAAAGUUUGGAGUUCGUUCAAGAGUGCCUUGGGUCCAGUUGGGUCAUAUCCUGUUGAGACCCCAACAUCAUCCGGGUGUUAGCUUGACUACAGGAAGCUGGAUUUAGAGGUAUUUCAGUCAGACAUUGGUGUGCUUGUGGCCAUCUUGUUAAAAACAAAUAGUUUAUUUAAAAGCUACUGGACAACAAGGUUUACAUCAACAUUUUCCUCAGACUCUUUUAGAGGGAUUUUGAUUUUGUCAUCCAACUCUUGGUCGGAAAGUCAAGCAGCAAAUAUCUCUAUGGGUUCUGCUGUCAUCGGCCGCUGUAUUGCGGCGUACACGACGUUCGUCCCACCUCCCCUCCACAUCUCCCACGGCUCUUGUAAGAAACACGUCAGUCUUUCUAACUGCUUUGAAGCUGGAAAAUAAUAUAUCACAUAUAAAAAGUUAUAAUAUCACAGAUGUUUGUAUGCCAUUCAUGUUGUUAAAAUUGAGACGCGAGUGGUUUAAUGUAGUGGUUUGGUUUGUGAAUAAUAUAGUUAUUUGGGCCCACAGUAUGCAUCACACUUACAUUUGAUGUAAGAGCACUUUUUAUCCCCACUGCUGUGUCAAAACCACAUGUGGCAGUCGUCCAUGUCAGCGUGUGUGUGUUUUUGAGGGAGUGUGUUUGGCUCUUUAUCUUUGCAGUCAUUUGGAAAAGGAAGGGGGAGAAAAGUGCAUUCUCUUUCAAUGAUAGGGGGUUCAGGAAAAUGUUUUGAUAAGUUCAACCUCAGAUGAACAAACCAUGAAAUGUUACUCAGUUGAAAUAAAGAAAAACUAGAUGGCAGAAGUAUGGGAUUCAGUGGCCUGUAGAGCAGUUACUUAAAGCCAUUCCCUUUUUUAGGUCUUGGGAAGAACUUUUGCGUUUAUUUUUUAUUUUUUUUAUUUUUUUAGCUAAGCUCUGAUGUUUCAUUUUUUUAAUGUUUUUAACCAUUAAUUGUCUUCUAUGGUAUAGUUUGUUACAUAGUAAGUUUAGAGUCAACACUAGUUUGCGUCACUCUGUAACAAGCCCAUGUCAUGGCUCUUCCACUGCCAUGCUUGACAGGUUAUUCUGUCCAUAUGCUGAAUCAGUUAGGCAAAUUUGUCUUUCCUCAUGCAAGACAAAUACCUUUUGCUAUAUAAAAAAAAAAGAAAGAAACAAAUAGUCCUUUAUGUUUUUAUUUUAUGUUAUGUACAGUUUUGCAUCAUUGGCAUAAGAACCGAUACAUAGAACAUAAUUGAAUGCAACGAAAUAAAAUAAACAACACUCACAUUUAUCUAUUUAAUACAGCAGAGUUUUUUAAGCUUCAUUUUGAAAUUUAGAUCAUUUUUUUCCAUUUAAAUAUGAUAAUUUAUCAAUAAGUUGGGUAAACACAAUGAAAUGUGCUAAAAAAAUUGCUGUAACUUAGGACAGAUUAAGUGUAAGAAUGAUUGUUCUGGUCAAACAUUUAUGUUUUACUCUUUUAAGUAGCGAAAAUAUUUUAGAAAAAGCUUAAUAUUAUAUUACCUUAGAAAAAACUCAUAGAGGCAAUGACUUAACAAUGUGAGAAAAAGUUUACUGUGUCCAUAAUAAUAUUUUCUUUAUUUUAAUUUAAUGAUAUGAUUCAAAAUUUCUAUUAAUAUAUGUAAUUUUUUUUUCAAUUUCACUGGUAUUACAAGCCAAUGGCAUGACAGAAAGGACAGUUUUCUCACUGCUAAUUUUUCCACAGGUGUCCAGGCUAUCAUGAAGCUAACAGGAAGUAGCUUUGCAUAAUUUUAAAAACGUCCCCAAAACUCUUUUAUUUAUAAGUACAUUUUUUUAUGUUUUUACAAAAAAAUAAUCAUCAAAAAGUCACACAACUGCAUUGUUUUUUCACUUUUACAAAGCUAAAAUAAUCUUACCAAUUAGGUGCUGAGAAAGAGUCUUGACAGCAGUUGAACUUUGACCCAGGAAGUAACUUCUGACAUCUGUUUAAACACCCAAAAUAAGGGCAUCUGUUGAAAAUAAUGCAGAAAGCACAAAAAUCGUAGGGUAGGACGUCUUCCUAAUCUAAAAUCUUUUUUUUUCUCAUUUAUUUAUUUUUAUUUAAAUAACUGAAAGAAAAUCAAAUAAAAAUGUAUGUACUUAAAAAAAAAAACCUAACUAACAUAUUAAAUUAUCUUCCAUAGUUAAAACAUGGUAGAACAUUUUAGAAUGGACUUUUCCGAGUUGAUUUUUGAAUUAAUUUUACGUAUUUUCAUUCCUAUAAAAUGGAAGGACCUUUUUUGUUUUUAAUGACCUAGUGAGGUCUUGUCUUUCUGUCAUUAGCAUCUUAACUGAGGCCCGUAGACAUCGAAAUGUGAUCUUUUUUGUGUCUUUCACUCUUAAGAUUGUCAGCUGUGUUGAAUGUUUUUCCACUUUUGAAUGAUUUUCUCACUGCAGCAUGAUAAACUGCAUGUUGCUUGGCCUUAUAACAUAACUACCAAACUUGAAUUGAUAGUCCAGUCAGACUAAAGUUCAUCUGAGGUUGCUUUUAAGUCAUUUUUAGAUGUGUAGUUUUUUUUUAAUGAUCAUUUCCUAAAAGAAAAAUCUUGAAUUUUCUAUUGAAUUGAAUAGAAGAUACCACUUUUUCCCCCUUUGCUAGAACAAAAAACUGCGAGAAUGUCAUCCUUCCAUCCUCAUGUGAGCGAGUGUUUCAGUGCAACUGGGCUCAGCGGGUUGCUUGUAGUUAAACCGAUAAUAAAUAACAUUUUUACUGUAGAUACGAGUGUUUUUUUCUUUCUUUUUUCUGCAUUGUAACACAGGAAACACAAGUACGGUCCCCAUUUUUGUAGAUACAAACCAUGAAACAACCAGUAGCCAUCUCAUUGCGCUUGUAGUGUUUCAGUGAACUGCAUGCAAGACGUGACUACUGUCUGCUCAUUUGGUCAUUUGAUUUUCAAGCCAAAAGAAUAAAGGACAUAUUUUUUUGUGAA